AUUGGGCGGCGUGUAUCGGCCCUGACGCAGGAAGGCCUUCUCAUUGGUCCGCGCAGUCGGCGCUCCGCCGUCUUUUCUCUAGUGCUUAAAGCGCUGACCCACUUCUCUUCCUCCAACAGAGCGCUCCCUUUCUUCCCAAGUGCCCGGGGCUGCCAGUGGAAGGGAUCCGGACCGCGCUAGGCCAGGCACCAUGACCACCCUGGAUGAUAAGUUACUCGGGGAGAAACUGCAGUACUAUUACAGCAGCAGUGAGGAUGAAGACAGUGACCACGAGGACAAGGAUGGAGGCAGGGGUGCCCUGGCCAGCAGUUCGCUGCCUGUAGACGCCGAGUUGGCAGGCGAAGGCAUCUCCGUUAACACAGGUCCAAAAGGUGUGAUCAAUGACUGGCGCCGCUUCAAACAGUUGGAGACGGAGCAAAGGGAGGAGCAGUGUCGGGAGAUGGAAAGGCUGAUCAAGAAGCUGUCAAUGAGCUGCAGGUCCCAUCUGGAUGAAGAGGAGGAGCAACAGAAACAGAAGGACCUCCAGGAGAAGAUCAGUGGGAAGAUGACUCUGAAGGAGUUUGCCAUGAUGGAUGAGGACCAAGACGAUGAAGAGUUUCUUCAGCAGUACCGGAGGCAGAGAAUGGAAGAGAUGCGGCAGCAGCUUCACAAAGGGCCCCAGUUCAGACAGGUGUUUGAGAUCCCCAGUGGAGAAGCGUUUUUAGACAUGAUCGAUAAAGAACAGAAAAGCACCCUCAUCAUGGUCCAUAUCUAUGAGGACGGCAUUCCAGGGACAGAGGCCAUGCAUGGUUGCAUGAUCUGCCUUGCUGAGGAGUACCCAGCUGUCAAAUUCUGCCGGGUGAAGAGCUCAGUGAUUGGGGCCAGCAGUCGGUUCACCAGGAAUGCCCUUCCUGCCUUGCUGAUCUAUAAGGGGGGCGAACUGAUUGGCAAUUUUGUUCGUGUCACUGACCAGCUGGGUGAAGAUUUCUUUGCUGUGGACCUUGAAGCUUUUCUACAGGAAUUUGGAUUGCUCCCAGAAAAGGAAAUCUUGGUUCUGACAUCUGUGCAUAACUCUGCCACCUGUCACAGUGAGGAUAGCGAUCUGGAGAUAGAUUGAACUGAUAAUCCGGUGGCAUAGAUUUCUCAUUGUUUGGGCUGGAAGACACAGCUCUGUGUUUAUUUUUAUUCCUUCGUGUGUCUUCUGGCUUUGCAGCUAUUCUUUGUAGUCCCUUUUAUUAUAUGUAAAGUCAAGAAAUUCUUAGAUUAAAUC